AGCGCUGCUGUUAUUGUGAUUAUCCGCAUCAUGUGAUCAGCAGGCCGGGCAUGAAAGGAGGCCUUUUAUACGAGCUGUGAGCAGUUCUCAGAGGCUGGUAUGCAGGCUACAUCUGAUCCUCUUCAGCUCGCUGGAGGAACAGAAGACACUUCACUGCUGGGUCAUGGAUCAUCAUGCAUCAGGCCAACAAAGCCAUGCAGCACAUUUCCAGUGGCUUUCCUUUGCGUACCAGAGCCUCACAGAGAUCCCUUAUGAAACCAUCCUGACACAGACAGACAGCCUGCAGGUGCUGGACCUGAGCUACAACCUGCUGGAUGAGAACCCGGCUCUGCUGGGCCGCCUGGAGAAGCUCAGCACUCUGAUCCUGGACUGCAACAACUACACGUCUCAUGUCAAGUUCCCCUACAUGCCAAGCGUCACCACAGUGUGCAUCAACAAGAACAAGAUCAA